AAGCCGCUCCUUAUAAUAGUGAGAAUCCAUCUGUCAAAUGCAUUUGAAUUGCAAUAAGAGGAGUUGAGACAUUCGACGAGAGCCAUCGGAGAACAAGUUGAUGAGUUUUUGGAGGUUUUGAGCUGCGUGCGUAAAUAUGAAGAGCGCCGCUACGAUCUGUUAAAGGACUAUUACUCCACGACCGGAGAAGAAGACGCGGCCCUGCUCUCUGACGUCUCAGAACAAUCAAAAGUGUAACAUUUAACACGUUGCUGUGUUUUGAAAAACCGCACACCGCCCGCAGUGCCCUCCCUCCAGUCCCAAGAUGACAGAGAGGGCCCCGUGGUGGAAAGCUUUCCUCCCAAAGAAGAAGAGCGCAGGCUCCAGAGAGACCAGUUCGUCCAACGCCUUCGACGCGGACUUUGACCCCUUUGGACAACACGCCGAGAGGCAAAAAGACCAGUCCCUGUCCGAACAAGAGUCCAACAAGAGCUCCAGCAUCGGCAGCGAAGACACCUACGACGACUCCCGCCUGGAGUCCGUCUUCAACGAGCAGACGUGUCGCAGGAACAUGAAGGUGUCCCGCUCGGGCCGGUUCAAGGAGAAGCGGAGGGUGCGCUCGACCCUCCCCAUAGAGGACAAAGAGACGGAGGACAUGCGGUGACGGUGAGCGGGAGUCGACGUU